AUUCGCCAAAAAACGCAAAGAAGACGAUGAUACCCCUAGGUCGUACAAUGCAGUUAACUUAGCUUGUUGAUAAUUAUUUAAUUUGUAAACAUGUUUAUUCCUCGUAUGUAAUUAGCAGUAGCGUAGAAAUCAGUAAAAUAAUUUCACAGCGGUAAACGCUAACUUUAGUGAUACAGUAAAGCUAGGCUUAUUGCUAGUUUAGCAAGCUUCUAGCUAACGCUACCUAGCUUAGUUAAUAGCCCUAACGUGUUAGGGUAACUUGGCCAGCAAGAGGCAACAAUUCAUAUCGAAAGCGUCGGAAUUGUAGAUAAAGUAUGACGCUCAAGUCAGGAGAGGAGCGUCUGAAAGAGAUGGAGGCUGAGAUGGCUCUUUUUGAGCAGGAGGUCCUUGGUGGUCCAGUACCAGUAUCGGGAACCCCACCUGUUAUGGAGGCAGUACCUGUAGCUCUUUCUGUAUCUGCAGUUCCAGUAGUGCGACCCAUUAUAGGCACCAACACCUACAGACAGGUCCAGCAGACAUUAGAAGCCAGAGCUGCUACUUUUGUAGGUCCUCCACCACCAGCCUUUGUGGGACCAGCAUGCACCUCCCACAACAAACGUGCUAGUCUACAUCACAUUAGGGUUCAGGUUACACCUUCCUUAAAAGGGGGCUGGUGGCUCUUUGCAGUUCCUCCAGUACGUCCUCCCAUGAUGAGACCAGCCUUUGUCCCCCAUAUACUGCAGAGACCUGGUGGUCAGAGGCUGCAGGUGAUGCGUGGUCCUCCGAUAGCACCUCCUCUGCCCCGACCUCCUCCACCUCCUCCCAUGAUGCUCCCUCCCACCCUGCAGGGCCAGACACCUCAGGGUCCUUCUCAGCCUAUACAGCACAUGGCUGCGGUACCUCAGGUCGGUGAGAUGGUUGCGAUGGUGUCUGCCCCGAACUCGAGACAAGGACCCCCGCCUCCGAUUAAACCAACACCAUCAAUCAUCCAGGCUGCACCAACUGUGUACUCUGCUCCUCCUGUCCCCCCUGGACAUAAAAGAAAUGAUGUUAGAGCUCAGAGACAAGCCAGAAUGGAGGAACUGGCAGCCCGGGUUGCAGAGCAGCAGGCAGCAGUGAUGGCAGCAGGUCUACUGGACAAGAAGGAGAGUGAAGACAGCAGCACCGUAAUUGGACCUAGCAUGCCUGAGCCUGAGCCCCCCCACACUGAGCCUGUGGAAAGUGCUACAGAAGACAAAAAGAAAGCAAAGGUGGAGAAGGUGAAGAAGUGUAUCCGUACUGCAGCAGGGACCAGCUGGGAGGACGCCAGUCUGUUGGAGUGGGACGCAGAUGAUUUCCGUAUAUUCUGUGGUGAUCUUGGUAAUGAGGUCAAUGAUGACAUCCUGGCCAGAGCCUUCAGCAGAUACCCGUCUUUCCUCAAAGCUAAGGUGGUGAGAGACAAACGCACAGGAAAGACCAAAGGCUACGGCUUUGUCAGCUUCAAGGAUCCAAAUGACUACGUCAGAGCCAUGAGAGAAAUGAACGGGAAGUAUGUUGGAAGUCGUCCUAUCAAACUGAGGAAAAGUAUGUGGAAGGACCGCAACAUCGAAGUAGUUCGCAAGAAACACAAAGAGAAGAAGAAACUUGGCCUCAGAUAGUGUUUAUGGCACUGUGUAUGUUGUGCUCCCCAGUGGACAGGCAACAUGACUUUUAUUUUGAUCUGUCCAGAUAUAUUUGUAUAGGUGAUUUCUUUUUUCUUCAUUAAAUAAAACCAUUGUUCCUAA